AUGGAAGGCGAUCAAAAUUCGGAUCUCCCGUCAGGAGAGGAAAUCGUCAGCUCGCACGAACUAGCCGCAAUCAUCGACGAAGUCGACGCCCUUGUUUCCGAAAGCGACAAUGAAGCCCCUGAAAGCGCUGAUGUUCCAUAUUCUGAAGCAAAGGAGCCAGGAAAUGAUCCAGCCCAUGACUCUUCUGAAGUAGCAGUGGUAGAGAAGGCAAGAGAUGACGAAACGAAGCUAAUCCCUGACACUGAAUCGAUUCCCCCGCCUCAAACUGAAUCCGAAGAAAUUAAGAGGAUACCAGAAGAGAAGCUUUCCGACCCAAUCGUUGCCGAUUCUGAAAAAGUCACUGUAAAUCACGAUGAAGCAGAAGAUGUUGUCGAUCAUCCACUGUCUCCCACUCCUCUAAGACCAGAUUCGCAAGCGAAAAAAGAGCCGGAAAAGAACGCCGCUAUUUCCGAUCAAUCCAAAUCCAGCUCUCCAGAACCAUCCCUUGCCGAACCCGUCAAAUCCACCGAAUCAAAGCCGCCUCUCGCCGAUCCUCUUUCCAUGGACAACGAAGACCUUCAGCACGCAGGAAUCAUGGCCGAGCUAUCUCAGCUCAAAUCGGAACUGGCGAACGCGCACGCGAACAUCUUCCGCCUCAAAACGCAAGUUGAAAAUUUAAACGAACUGAAACCCAUCGCCGAGCACGUUGAAAAAGACGACGCUGAGCGAGCGCAAGCCGCUACUGUCAAAUCAAACGAACUAGUGCGUAAAAUCCAAAACCUGGAAAAAGAACGCAACGAUUCCGUGAUGAAAUAUGCAAUGGUCGAAAAACGAGUGCUGGACUCUUCGAGGGCCGCCGAAAACGCCACGAAAGAGGCGGCAAAAGCAAAGGCUAAUGAAGAUAAGAUGAAAAUCGAAGCUGAAAAGUGUCGGAAAACGGCGGCGCAGGCGACAAAGGACUGUAACGCGAUGAAGGAGCAGUUCGUUGCCAACUCGAAUGUACUCAAGUGGACGCAGGAAAAGCUGAAGAAAGAGACGCAAUCUUUGGAAGAGGAAAAGGCAAAGAAUUCGAAGCUGAUGCGGGACAUCAAAGAGUCCAAAGAGGAAACUGAACAAAUUCGAAACAACACCCAACAAAUCAUCGCUACCUAUCAGAAUUCGGAAGAAGUUCGCUCAAACUCGCUCGAUGGCGAGUUAAAAUCACUCAAGUUCAAAUACGAAGAGCUCCUUGAAGACAAUAAACAAAAAACCGAGAAGCUCUCCGAAAUCACGGAAACGCUAGCUAGGAACGCUCAACGGGCAAAAGAGGAUUUGACCGAGCUUGGAGCUAAGUAUGCGCAAGAGCAGCAGUUGUUAAAAGAAGUCACGGCCGAGCGCGACAAUUUGCUGGAAGAAGUAAACGGGGCAAAAGAAUGCGCCGCAGAUCGCCAGCAACAAGCUGAAACGCUCAAAACCCGCGAGGCCGAACUCCUUGCUUCAGUCCGCUCAUUGACAGAAAACAACGGUACCUUUCGACAGGAGCUUGAAGAGAAAUCAAAGCGGCUAGAGACGCUGGAAAAGUCAAACGCUGAAUACGAAGAGCUCAAGGGGAUUCAUGAAAAAGUCACGACUUCGCUGAAAGAGUUACGGGCUCAGUACGAGACCGAGAAAGUCGGAUCUGUUGAUGAGCUUGCAGCGGCGAAAAAAGCUGCUGAAGAUGCUAACAGCAGAGUCAAAGCACUAGAAAAGCAGAACCAAGCCAUCAAAAAAGAACUCCGACAAGCGCUGAAGAAAAACGAAUCCUCCGACGGGGAACUCACCAGAAGCUCAAGUCGUCUAAGUCUGGAUUCAAUGGGCGAGCAGCAGGGGCGUCCUGUGGUCGAGCCACAAAGCCCAGCAAUGAGCCGGACGCAGAGCAGAACGCAAAGUCCCCGCCCGAGGCUCGACACUGCCACUAAUGGCUUCGACGAUUACGGACUCUCGAAUAUCGACAAAAAAGAGCUGAUACAUCGACUUGUUGAAAAUCAAAAAGUCAAUGUCAAGAGAAACGAAAAGAUCGACUUCCUGAAUGACCACGUGAGUCAGCUGACGGAAGAGCUGAAAAAGAAGACAAAACUGUUGCAAAGCUUCAUGCUCAGGGAACAGCAUGGAAGGAUGAAGCCUCCUGGGGCGGAGCAAGAACUUGCGCAGAGGGUCAAUAGACUUCUCGCUGGAGCACAUGUCGUUGCACCAGAUAACUUGGACGUGGUCCUGGAAGUUAACCGUAAACUUCAAUUAGUUCUGGAAGACACUUUAUUAAAGAAUAUGAUGCAGCAGGACAAUAUAAAGAUGUUGGGCGAGGAAAUCGAUCGCCAGCACAGCUCCUGCCGCUGCAAGCCUAAUAGGAUGCAUCGCUGA